AUGGCAGUGGGCUUCACGGACCCGGCAGGUGUCAAGACGGGCAAGGCCCUCCCCACCGGCAACUCCGUCGACGUGCUGGAUCUCGGUGGCAGCGGUACCGCCAUCCCGGCGACCCUGAUGGACCGUGCGUGGGCAGACCCGGGAGCAUCUGUGUCGGCGUCUGAUGUCAGAGUGGGUGCCGACGAGGCCACGCCCGAAAACUCCAAUUCAUCGUCGCUACCUGCCAUCGCCGGCUCAUUCGGCGCCAUAAUUGCUGUCGUCGUCGUGGUUGCGUACCGGUGCGCUGCCAAUGUUCGCCCUGUUGACCGCUUUGCAGCCGCUUGGUUUGCCCUAUGCGGUUUCCUACAUGUUUCCUUUGAAGGGUACUAUAUAUAUCAUCGACAUGAUAUUGCCGGAAUGAAUACGCUGUUUGCCCAGCUAUGGAAGGAAUACACGCUUUCCGAUUCGCGGUAUCUAACUCUCGACGUCUUUACCGUUUGUGUCGAGAUGAUAACUGUUUUCGUCUGGGGCCCUCUGUCCCUCCUCGUCCUACUCGCCAUCCUGCGUGGCCACGACGGCCGUCACCCGCUUCAGAUCAUCGUCUGCGUCGCCCACCUGUACGGCGUGACGUUGUACUACGCGACUAACUGGGCCGAGGGUCUAUCUUGCAGUCGCCCCGAGUUUCUGUAUUACUGGGUGUACUAUGCUGGGUUCAACUCGCCGUGGGUGUUUGUGCCACUUGUCCUACUCUACGACAGCUUCUCGCAGAUUCAAGACGCCUUUGCGGCAGUGCGUCGUCACACUCACACCGACUGA